GCAGUGUAAAUGUGGAGGCAGCCGAUAAAUAUCCUUGUCUGCAGCUGGAAGUGGAGAGACAGUGUCAGCUGCAGCAGGUUGUGUGAUCCGCCGGUCCUGCACACAGGGCUUGACUGGAAGACACUCGGGGAUCCCGUGCAGAUUCGCACACGAGGAUGGCUUGUGAAAUCAUGCCGCUGCGAAGCUCACAAGAAGAUGAAAGACCUUUAUCGCCUUUCUAUCUGAGUGCUCACGUAUCCCAAGUCAGCAAUGUUUCAACAACUGGAGAACUCUUAGAAAGAACCAUCAGGUCAGCAGUAGAAGAGCAUCUUUUUGAUGUCAACAGCUCUGGAGACCAACAUUCAGAGGACUCAGAACCUGGACCAUCAUCAGCAUCUUCUACACCUACCAGGCAGCGAGGACAUCAGUUUAAGAAGCAGGAUGAUGUUUGGCAUGGUCGAGACAAGGAGCUUAUCAAUAAGGAAAAUAUUCCCUGUGGCUUCAGCAGCUGUGAUGAGUGUAUUUUGAGCAGCCAGGAAGCAGAAAGAUUCCAGGAUGAUAUUUGUGAAUACGUUGGGGAAAGAAGCAAACCCAAGCGUCAGAAAUCCAGUUCCAGGCUUGCAGAGCUCAGUGAAAACCACGAUGGGCUCCUGAACAUGGAAAGUCUCAGUUCCAUGCAAUCUCAAGAAACACCUGAACCUGAAGCUGUUGAACUGGUAUCUUCUGAGAGCAAAGAAAACGAAAGAGGUGGUAGAGACACUCAGCAUUAUGAGAACCCCACAAUGAAGAUUCAGGAGCAUCCCAGUAUAACUGACCCCAAACAACAGAAAAAUCAAGACACUGAGGAUCAGCAGGAGAGCUUCGUCCCAGACGUGUCCCAGUUGGACCUGACAGCGUUGUGCGAUGAGAAGACCUGGGAAGAGCCCAUUCCUUCCUGGCAGCAAGAGAAUGCAGACUCUGAUGAAGCCCGCCUCUCCCCACAGGCUGGGCGCCUGAUUCACCAGUUUCUAGAUGAAGACAGCGACCCCAUGUUGUCUCCCAGGUUCUAUGCCUAUGGGCAGAGCAGGCAGUACCUGGAUGACACAGAAGUGCCUCCUUCUCCCCCCAAUUCCCAUUCUUUCAUGAGGCGGCGGAGCUCCUCCCUGGGGUCCUACGAUGAUGAGCAAGAGGACCUGACACCCGUGCAGCUCACCAGAAGGAUCCAGACCCUUAAAAAGAAGAUCCGGAAGUUUGAGGACAGGUUUGAAGAAGAGAGGAAGUACAGACCCUCCCACAGUGACAAGGCAUCCAAUCCAGAGGUUCUGAAAUGGACAAAUGACUUGGCCAAAUUCCGGAAACAGCUUAAAGAAUCAAAACUGAAGAUCUCUGAAGAGGACCUCACCCCCAGGACACGGCAACGAAGCAAUACACUCCCUAAGAGUUUUGGUUCCCAGCUAGAAAAAGAAGAUGAGAAGAAGCAAGAACUGGUGGAUAAAGCCCUCAGGCCCAGCGUUGAAGCUACACUGGAAGGAAUCCUAAGGAAGCUCCAAGAGAAGAGAGUGGAGUCCAGCCGUCCUGAGGACAUCAAGGAUAUGACCAAGGACCAGAUUGCUAAUGAGAAAGUGGCUCUGCAGAAAGCCCUGCUGUACUACGAAAGUAUCCAUGGGCGGCCGGUGACAAAGACAGAGCGUCAGAUUAUGAAGCCACUAUAUGAUCGGUACCGACUAGUCAAACAGAUCCUGUCCCGGGCUAGCACUGUCCCCAUCAUUGGUUCCCCCUCCAGCAAACGGAGAAGCCCUUCACUGCAGCCGAUUAUCGAGGGCGAAACUGCUUCAUUCUUCAAGGAGAUAAAGGAACAAGAGGAGGGGUCAGAAGAUGACAGCUCCACAAAGCCAGAUUUUGCUGUCACUCUGAAAAUGGACUGCAGUACACAUUGCUUUCUGUACCAACUUGAAGAUGAUGCUGAUGGAUUUAUUUCACCAAUGGAUGACAAAAUGCCAUCAAAAUGCAGCCAGGACUCAGGCCUUUCAAACCUCCACUCUGCUUCAAUACCUGAACUCUUGGAAUACCUUCAGGAAAUGAGAGAAGAAAAGAAAAUGAUUCGAAAGAAACUUCAUGAUUUUGAAGACAAUUUUUUCAGACAAAAUGGGAGAAAUGUCCAGAAGGAAGACCGCACACCAAUGGCUGAAGAAUACAAUGAAUACAAGCUCAUCAAGGCAAAGCUACGUCUUCUGGAGGUGCUCAUCAGCAAGAGAGACACUGACUCCAAAUCCAUGUGAAGGCUGCUGCUGUGCAUGACAAUCCUCCCAGGAAAGAACAGCGCCAGCAGGCAGCCUUGGAGCUGUACUUACAAAGCAGGCAAUCCCCUGCCUCUGACCCAUCAGGUUGUUUCCUGCUCCCAUUGCCUGCCUUAGAAACUGCCUGCAUGGAAGAUGACAGUGUGACCUGACUAAGGAUUUUUUAGUGGGAGAGUCAAGACUCCUACACAUGUCAACACACACUGCAGUAGGACCUUCACUGACAUGAGCAGUGAUUAGACACACCAUCAGACUCGGCAGAUAACCUGCUCUUCUUCCCUGACAACUGAGAAACAUGAGGCCAUUCUAAAACUGUGACAGACACACAAGCUCAGGACUUCCCUUGCAGAGCCUGCUUGUUGUGGGGGUCCAUACUUGCCCUGGACCCCACCACAAGGUUGACCAUGCGAUGGCACAUUAUUUGCUGCCUUGGCCAUUUCCCGAGCUGUACUUACUCACCCCUGCAAAUCCAUUUCCCGUUAGCUCUCAGGUAGAUGGAGGCUGCAUCCACCCAGUGGCAGGGCAGUCAUUUCAUUGAUUCAAUCUCUCAGCUGACAAACUUUAAGUCCCUGCCUCAUACCUAUGUACGCUGAGGACAGAGUGACUACAGUAGCUAUGCAGAUGCUAUUUUAAAAUCAGGUGACGGCAGAAGAGCCUGAAAACUCUUCGAGACACUGACUGCACUUUCCAGUCUCAGACAUUGAUGCCGAACACAAGUUGAGGCCGGUGUUCCUACGAUAACCUGUUUGGGGCUCAAUUUUGUUGUUGCACUAGCCAAACAAAGAAGUCUUGCUUCAUUAUAAGACUAGGUAUAGAAUAUUAUGGGAGAGAGGGAGUCUGUAUCAGUCUCCCAAACUUACCAGAGCAUAAUUUUUCUACGAAAGAAAAUCUGCACUAAAAUCCCUAAAUGGAUGGGUAAGAACUCAGCUCAUUUUCAAGGCAGAAUCUAGAUCACACCGUUUUCAAGAUGAUACAUAAACAAAAUGGUAUGUGGCCAAUUUUGAUGCUGUGGUUUUUUUUGUUUUGUUUUGGUUUGGUUUUUUUGUUUUUUGUUUUUUUUUUUUUUUGAAAGACUAUGUCACAGAGCUGUCUAUAUUAGACAUUUUGGAGGGACCAGGGAACGUAAGACCCCCCCCCCCGCCCCCAUCAUUCAUCUCUUCUGUGUGCCUGCUGUCACUCCUAUGAUGUGUUCUUUCUUCUCAUCUACCGUGUCUGCCUGAAGAAUGCAGGCAGGCUUGCUUUUGCAGCGGUGUAACAGUCAGUCAGACUGUACUGUAGGUUGGGUGGACAGCAGGGAGGCCCUGUUUUGUUUGGUGAAUCACCUUCAAUAGGGUACAGUGUUAGUGAGGACAAUGGAAAGCUGUAUCACCAUUUGCAAUGAUAAAACAGCUUUGGGGGCUCCUGUUUUCCUUAUUGUGGCUCUGUCACCGGGAGGCUCUUUCAGUAAUGGGUGGGGUGGAGUGAGUGGAGGAUUUUUUUCAAUUUUGCUUUUACAAAUAAUCCCCUAGAAGCAUGAGCUACGUGUUGGAAAUACUGUUUUUUCUCCACACACUUAAAGACGAUACAUAGUCCUACAAAUUUCAAUGUACAUAAAAAUGUAGUUUGAUAUUCUCUGCUCUGCUGUUUACAUUUCUAUGAUUUCAAGGAGUGAUACUAUGAAUACAGUUCUGCAAUGUAGGAUGUUUUCUGUCUUUGAAGCCUGAACGUGAAUCAUUCACAUGACCAAAAAAAAUGUAUUUUUAAAAAGAAAUCCAUAUCUAGUCUGUAAUUUUUAAAUACUUAAUCUCCUAAGAAAACUGGAAGAACUCAAAUCAGCACCAGUUAACUUUUAAAGCACAUCUGCUUAAGAGUAUUGUUUUGAAAAUAAUACACUAGAGAUUUCUUUUUUAAAGCUGCAUACAAAUGAGAAGCUAUUAGAUGUUUUGAAAUUCAUCAUUUGCACCAAAGGUAAAUGAACAAAGAUUUAUUCACGACUCCCCAUUCAGUUUUAUGUGAUCAAUAAAGUACCAAGUUAUUGGAAAAUAAAUCAUGUA